CUCUGCGACGAUGGCACUUGUCUACCAGGGGGCGCUGCGUGCGAUGGUUUUGCUCAAUGCGCGAUGGGUCGGACGAGAGAGAUUGCGCUGAGAUGUGUGAUCCUAACCGCUGCGUCUGCCAAACUGCCGCUGCUCGGGUACGGACAUCCCUGGCGGGCUCCUUCCUAGCGAGACUCCGCAAAUGGUCAUCAUCUCGUUCGAGGGCGGAAUACGGCUUAGCGAGUACAACCAUCUCUACCAGCAGAUAUUCAAGAAGGUGAAUGCGCAGCGGAGGCGGGAGCCGAGGGUCAACCCUAACGGCUGUCCGAUCCGAGGAACCUUCUUCGUCUCGCACGACUACACCGACUACGCCGUCGUUCAGUCGCUCUACCACGAGGGACAUGAAAUAGCCGCCCACUCCAUCAGCAAGCGUCUGCCGUCCGAUUGGUGGGCGAACGCCACCUUGCGGGACUGGACGGAAGAGAUGGCAGAUGAGAGAACGAUCCUGAGAAACCUGGCUAAAGUGAACGUGAGGGACGUGAAGGGAAUGCGCACGCCCUACCUGCAGAUGGGAGGCAACACGCAGUUCAAGAUGAUGCAGGAGAAUGGCUUCCUCUACGAUGCAUCGAUGCCCACCAUCCAGAACAACCCGGCUCUCUGGCCAUACACGCUCGACUACCUGAGCACACAGGAGUGCACCGUGCCCCCGUGCCCACACAGCUCCUUCCCUGGAGUCUGGGAAGUACCCAUCGUUGACCUAUUCGACAAGAUGGGAUGGAAGUGCAACCAGGUCGACCAGUGCCUCUUCCCGACAACAAGGAGGAAGGGCGCUCGAGCUGCUAAUGGCGAACUUUGCGCGCCACUACGUGACGAACCGCGCUCCGAUGCAGCUCAUACUGCGUCCGCGCUGGUUCUACGAGGCACACUACAACCUGGAAGCGAUGCAGGAAUUCCUCGACAUGCUAACAGAUGGCGCUCAACCGGAGGUGUGGUUCGUCACGGUGGAGCAGGCGCUACAGUGGGUGAUGAACCCCACGUCGGCCGCCAACGCCGCCAACUUUCUGCCGUGGCAGUGUCCGCCGCUGACGGAUCGGGAGCCGCUCUGUGACUCCGGCCUCACGUGCGUCUACUACAACAUCACGCUGCAUCCCAACGACAUCGACCACCAGGGGGAGCGCUACAUCGAGACAUGCGCAGACGCGUGCCCUCCGUUCUACCCGUACACGGGCAGUCCCGAUGGUUCGCGGCCCUUCAACACUCUGUAAACGCGCUAGCCCUAGAUGAACAGCUAAGCCGUACCCACACCACUGUCCAUCAUUCACCUUCCCCCUUUGAUCUCGCUGCUCUUCGUCUUAUUAACCACAUACGCCUAUUUACCACCUCUCUUUCCAGUACGUUUAUAUUAACACGAUGCUCCAAUUAACCACCUCUCUUUCCAGUACCCCGAUAUUACCACAAUACCCAUAUUAACCACCUCUCUCCCCAGUACCUCUACAUUACAACGAUGCUCCAAUUAACCACCUCUCUCCCCAGUACCUCUACAUUACAACGAUGCUCCAAUUAACCACCUCUCUUUCCAUUCCCUUGAUAUUACCACAAUGGCCCUAUUAACCACCUUCCUUUCCAGUUCCUCUAUAUUACCACAAUACCCCAAUUAACCACCUCUCUUUCCAGUACCCCGAUAUUACAACUAUGCUCCAAUUAACCACCUCUCUCCCCAGUACCUCUACAUUACAACGAUGCUCCAAUUAACCACCUCUCUCCCCAGUACCUCUACAUUACAACGAUGCUCCAAUUAACCACCUCUCUCCCCAGUACCUCUACAUUACAACGAUGCUCCAAUUAACCACCUCUCUUUCCAGUACCCCGAUAUUACAACGAUGCUCCAAUUAACCACCUCUCUUUCCAUUCCCCCGAUAUUACCACAAUGGCCCUAUUAACCACCUUCCUUUCCAGUUCCUCUAUAUUACCACAAUACCCCAAUUAACCACCUCUCUUUGCAGUACCACGAUAUUACAACUAUGCUCCAAUUAACCACCUCUCUCUCCAGUACCUCUACAUUACAACGAUGCUCCAAUUAACCACCUCUCUUUCCAGUACCCCGAUAUUACAACGAUGCUCCAAUUAACCACCUCUCUUUCCAUUCCCCCGAUAUUACCACAAUGGCCCUAUUAACCAUCUUCCUUUCCAAUUCCUCUAUAUUACCACAAUACCCCUAUUAUCCAUCUCUUUUUCAAUAUGCCUAUUUGCCACCUUUCUCUCCAAUACCCCACUUUUACUAGUAUACUUUAAUACUCCCAAUACUUCAAUCAUUCUCGUCCCUCUACAAGUUAGAUUGCUGUAAGUACGGCGUGAUCACGCAUGCCAAUUUAACCCAGCCGCCUUCCAACAACAAGUUACUGUAAGGUGCACGAGAGAGCACAAGCCUGCGAUUCCUCCCCUCUAACACACCACAGAGUACUUAUUGAAACCACCGGCAGCUGCAGCUCGUAGCUGCUACUGUGUCCUCACCAUGAAAUCAGCACGACCUUCAAAUGACCUUCAUCUCUGACCCCUCCCCCACGACGUUCGAUUCCCCCUUGAAUCAUCCGCGCUGAAUGUCAUAGUAAUAUACGCGAUCGUAUAGUAGGAUACGGGUAAAACUGCUUAUGUGGUCUAUUGUGUCAUCAACGUCAUCGUCAUGAGAAGCGGUCGAAUGCUCCAUCUUAUCUGACACUUCUAACAUUUAUCUGUUGUUAAACUUCAUUUUCGACAAUUGUUAGAGCAAGCGUUUACCGCCUACGAUAAAGUUCACGUUAGAUUGUUAUGCUGUCGGUCAAGGUGUCAUUGUUUUGCACUUUGUAAAUAUUUCAUUAUUUCACACAUUAUUUAUUCCACUGUUCAUUUUCACACAUUAAAUUAGCAUUUCAUUGAACAAAUGUCACUCUGCCUAUACGUAAUUGUAUCACUCACUAACUGUCAACAUACAUGUUAUUGGCUAACAUUACUUCAUUCCAUACGUUUUAACCAGGUUUGUUAUUUUUUGUAUUAAUAAAAGAUAUGAUAAACAA